UACUCUUGGAACUUCACGACCUCUCGCCGCUGAGAAUCAACCAAUUGAACUAGAACUGAAGCCACUGCACUACGCGGACUCCCAAAUUCGCCGGAGCUCACCGAAGAAGAAGAAGAAGGAGGAGAAUUCUUAGCGUUGCUCCGCCGGAAUUCGCACUCCGAUGGAUACAAUGUUGAGCCAUUUAACCACCGGUCUCCACAGCCGCUCACUCUUCACAUUUCCACGUCUGAAACCACGGAGGCUCAACCACUCUGGCGGUGGUAGCGCCUCCGUGACCUGCGCCGCUAGCAAAUGGGCCGAGCGCCUUCUCGGAGACUUUCAAUUCCUCGCCGAUUCCUCCUCCGACCACCCCCAUUCUCUCUCAUCUUCCACUGUCACCAUCUCUCCUACUUUCCCUCCGCCAAUUGCCUCCCCCGAGCGCCAGGUUUCCAUCCCCAUUGAUUUCUAUCGAGUACUUGGAGCUGAGACUCAUUUUCUUGGGGAUGGGAUUAGGAGGGCUUACGAAGCUAGAGUUUCGAAGCCGCCGCAGUAUGGGUUUAGCCAGGACACGCUGAUAAGCCGCCGGCAGAUUCUUCAGGCAGCUUGUGAAACCCUAGCGGACCACACUUCGCGAAGAGAGUACAAUCAGAGCCUUUCGGAAGAUGAAGAUGGUACCAUCCUCACUCAAGUCCCUUUCGAUAAGGUUCCUGGUGCUUUGUGCGUGUUGCAAGAAGCUGGAGAGACAGCGCUGGUUCUUGAAAUAGGAGAGAGCUUGCUCAGAGAAAGGUUGCAAAAGUCAUUCAAGCAAGAUAUUGUCCUGGCGAUGGCUCUUGCUUAUGUUGACGUAUCAAGGGAUGCUAUGGCAUUAUCUCCGCCUGAUUUUAUUCAGGGUUGCGAAGUGCUCGAGAGGGCCUUGAAGUUGCUGCAGGAAGAGGGUGCCAGUAGCCUUGCACCAGAUUUGCUUGCACAAAUUGAUGAGACAUUGGAAGAGAUAACACCUCGGUGUGUUCUGGAACUUUUAGCUUUACCGCUUGAUGAUGAGUGGCGCACAAGAAGGGGAGAGGGUCUUCAUGGAGUGCGGAAUAUUCUGUGGGCUGUUGGAGGAGGGGGAGCAACAGCUAUUGCUGGUGGGUUCACCCGUGAAGAUUUUAUGAAUGAGGCAUUUGAACGAAUGACUGCAUCUGAACAGGUUGAUCUCUUUGUUGCUACACCAACAAAUAUUCCUGCAGAAAGUUUUGAAGUUUAUGGAGUGGCGCUUGCACUUGUGGCACAGGCCUUUAUUGGCAAAAAACCACACCUUAUCCAAGAUGCUGACAAUCUCUUCCAACAACUUCAGCAAACUAAGGGAGGGACUGCUGGCACAGCAUAUGCAGCUCGUGAGGUUGAUUUUGCUCUUGAGAGGGGGCUAUGUUCAUUACUUGGUGGAGAACUUGAUGAGUGUCGAUCAUGGCUGGGCUUAAACAGUGAGAGUUCACCUUAUAGAAAUCCUGCUAUUGUAGAUUUUAUCCUCGAUAAUUCGAAGGAUGAUUCUGAAAAUGAUCUCCCGGGGCUAUGUAAACUGUUAGAGACAUGGCUGGCAGAAGUGGUGUUCUCCAGAUUUAGAGACACUAAAAAUAUUUAUUUUAAGCUUGGAGAUUACUAUGAUGAUCCUACGGUUCUGAGGUACUUAGAGAAACUGGAAGGAGUUAAUGGUUCACCCCUGGCUGCUGCUGCAGCUAUUGUGAAGAUUGGCGCUGAGGCGACUGCAGUUCUAGAUCACGUAAAGUCGAGUGCAAUUCAGGCACUGCAGAAGGUGUUUCCCCUUGGUCAAAACAGUUCUAGGCGCGAGGCAGACGCUGAAAUGGAUUAUGUUUUUCCUGCUAUAAAUAAUCAAGGACCUAUAGUGAACUUCGAUGAGAAUGAACCCACCAACUUAUCAAAGGUUUCUGAGAGCUCUAAAUCUGAUGAAAUAAAUGAUGAAAAACCGAUAACUGAUCAAAUUAAAGAUGCAAGUGUGAAGAUCAUGUGUGCUGGUGUGGUAGUUGGGCUAAUAACUUUAGCUGGCUUGAGAUUCUUACCUGCUAGAAAUGGCACAUCUGCUCUAAUUAAGGAAGCUGAUUCCUCAAUGGCAUCCGAUACCAGUGUGGCAUCGGAAGUUGAAAAGUACAGGGAGGAACCAUCCAGAAUGGAUGCACGGAUUGCAGAAGGUCUGGUUCACAAAUGGCAGAUCAUUAAGUCUCUGGCUUUUGGACCUGAUCAUUGCCUAGCAAAACUAUCAGAGAUUUUGGAUGGUGAGAUGUUGAAGAUCUGGACGGAUCGUGCAGCCGAAAUUGCGGAACUCGGUUGGUUCUACGACUACAAACUAUCAAACCUGACCAUUGACAGUGUAACAGUGUCGUUAGAUGGUCGGCGUGCUGUGGUGGAAGCAACUCUUGAAGAAUUAGCCCAUCUCAUUGAUGUAGACCAUCCAGAACACAAUGCUUCAAACAGCAAAACCUAUACCACAAGAUACGAGAUGUCAUAUUCCAAUUCAGGAUGGAAAAUUUCCAAAGGUGCUGUUCUCGAAUCAUAAUUGGAAAGUUGUAAAAUUUCAUUAGCCUGUAAAUGCAUUUCUUCUGGGUUGUUUUUUAUCAUAACAUUUUUAGUGUCUGUGAAGAGGAAGAGAGCUGGGAAGUGAGGCAUCUGUCAAGGGUUAUGGAAUUUAUUAUAUGUUAAUAAUAUAUUUUCAGCUUUUUUGAGCAGUUCAAA